CACAUCACUGUGUUCUCCGCAUAAAUUGUUUGCGUUUGAACUUGUAACGAAUAUUUUCUAUCGCUUUGCUCUUAUUCGUUUUGAAUUUAGUGAUCGGAAUUGUUGUUUUGAUUUAAUCUCUUUUCGAGUUGACCGUGUUUGAGAUUUCGAAUCCGUUGAGUAUCUGUUUGCGGGAGGGAUAGCAUUGUCUGGUUGAAAUCUGUAAUGAGUUUUGAUCUCUUCGGAUUCCUCUUUUUCUUUACUCCUCCCAUUCUAUAGCCCAAAAUCCUUGCGUAAAGAGGGGGAGAGAGAGAGAGAGAGAGCUUGUAAAAAGUGGUUCAGCUUCUCGCGGAACAUACGCGACACAGCUACGCCACCAAAUCCAAUCCCUGGAGGGAAGGUCCCAGAGCACUAAGGAGAGAGCGAGUGGGCCUGAGUGUCCCGUCACUAGAAAUAGGAUCCGGAGGACUGUUAACAGAGCUUAUGACGGUGUACUGUCUGGAGGUGCUGUCGGAGAAGGGAUCAUUCGAGCCUUUUUGGUGGAAGAGCAAAAGUUUGUGAAGAAGGUCAAAAGGAAAACCAAGCCCCAAGGAGUUAAACUAUAUGGUUUAGCGAGUUUCAAGCAGCUUUAGCGUAAUUUUGACCUUGGCAGAGUGGCGAACUAUGGCGAAGUAAUUUGAGGAGCAUGCAAGUACGAGGCUGAAAUGUCUAAGGAUAGAUGGGGAUUUUUAUCAGAAGAGCUUAGUAGGAAGAUUUGUUUAAUAAGUUUUGUCAUAGCACGCAGAGUUUUAUGAGAAUGAUAAUGUCAUUUCACUCGAAAGCAAUCUCUCUCUCUUCUAUAUCUAUGUCUAAACUCUCCCAAAUCAAGCUCGUGGCGAUCCUUUUCGCAGCACUAAGCUUCACUGACCGCUCCACCACAGCUUCUCCGAAUCACCGCCAAUACAAUAUGGGAGAUCUUGUACCCUUAUAUGUCAACAAAGUGGGGCCCCUCAACAAUCCUAGUGAGACCUACUACUACUAUGACUUGCCAUUCUGCCGCCCAGAUCCAGUAAUCCAGAAGAAGGAAUCCUUUGGUGAAGUCUUGAAUGGUGAUCGUUUGACCAAUGCUUUAUAUGAGUUGAAAUUCCGGGAGAACAUAACUGGGAAGACCCUUUGCCAGAAGAGGCUUAGAGUUCCUGAAGUUGCUAAGUUCAGGGAUGUUGUGAGCGAAGAUUUUUACUUCCAGAUGUAUUUUGAUGAUCUUCCAUUGUGGGGGUUCAUUGGGAAAGUUGAAGAGGAGAGUGAGAUUCUGGGUGAGGAGGGCCCUAAGUAUUAUCUCUUUAAACAUGUUCAGUUUAAUGCUCUUUACAAUGGGGACCGAGUUGUAGAAAUACACGCAUUUAGUGAUCCUAAUCAUGUUGUGGAGAUAAAAGAAGAUGCUGAAAUUGAUGUUACUUUCACUUAUUCAGUUAUUUGGAAUGAGAGCGCAGCCAAGUUUGAGAACAGGAUGGACAAAUAUACGAGGACUUCAUCAGUGCCAAUUAUCCGCCAAAUUCAUUGGCUCUCAUUUAUUAAUUCAAUUGUUAUUAUUGUACUCUUGAUGGGAUUGCUUGCCUUGCUUUUAAUGCGGCGUCUCAAGAAUGAUAUGAGAAAGUGUGCCGAUGGGGAUGAAGAAGAAGAAGAUAAGGAGGUUGGUUGGAAAUAUGUUCAUGGUGACGUCUUUAGACGUCCUCCCAAUUUGUCCUUGUUUUGUGCUGUCUUGGGUGUGGGUACCCAGCUGCUAACCCUGGUUUUUGUCUUAUUCUUAUUGGCAUUUCUCGGUGUCCUCUAUCCUUACAAUCGUGGAGCUUUGUUCACAUCUCUCGUCUUGAUAUAUUCACUUUCAUCUGUGGUUGGUGGGUACAUUGCUGCUUCUUUCCACAAUCAAUUUGCUGAGACUGGAUGGGAAAGGAGUGUUCGUCUUGUUGGGAUUCUGUAUCUGGGUCCGUUUGUUGUGACAGCAUCUAUUCUUAAUACAGUUGCCAUAUCUUAUGGAGCCACAGCCGCACUUCCAUUUGGCACCAUUAUAUUGAUUCUUCUUAUGUGUACAUGCGUUGCUAUUCCAUUACUUGCUUUUGGAGGGGUGAUUGGAUAUCGUUUUAGAUCUGAAUUUCAAGCACCUUGUGCCACAAAGCGAUUCCCCCGAGAGAUUCCACCAUUAGCUUGGUACCGAAAAACACCUUGUCAAAUGUUUAUUGCAGGUCUUCUAUCUUUGAGUGCAAUUGUCCUUGAGUUACACCACUUAUAUGCAAGCAUGUGGGGCUACAAAAUAUGCACACUUGCCAGCAUUUUAUUUAUCACCUUCAUCCUCGUCAUUCUACUAACUUCAAUGCUAAGUGUUGGCUUGACAUAUAUUCAGCUUUCUGUGGAAGACCAUGAAUGGUGGUGGAGAUCGAUGUUGUGUGGAGGCUCGCCAGCCAUUUUUAUGUUUGGCUAUAGCAUCUACUUCUAUGCCAGGUCAAAUAUGAACAGUUUCAUGCAGCUAUCCUUCUUUAUUGGCUAUAAUGCUUGUAUGUGCUAUGCAUUCUUCCUGAUUCUGGGUACAAUCAGUUUUCGCGCUUCCUUAAUGUUUGUUCGUCGUAUAUACCAAGCUGUUAAAAGCGAAUGAAUAUGCUUUUCUGCAUUCAAGUGA